AUGUGGAACCCCCACGCGUCAUGUGCGCGAGUGGCCACAGAUGACAAGAUGAUGAGCAUGUCACCUGAAGCUGCUACUGACAGAACACUCAUCAACCAGGUUCCAGGCAACUGUGCCCGGGGUAUCUUCAUGAAGGUGGCCAGAAACAUCUUUGCUGAUGGCAUCCACUGGGGUCGUGUGGUGGCUCUCUUCCAUCUGGCCUACAGACUCAUCUACAAGGCAAUAACCAGCAACCAUGAAGAGAACAUCAAAAUCAUCUUCAGCUGGGUUCUUCAGGUCAUCAGAGAGCAGCUCCACACCUGGCUCGUACAGCAGGGAGGCUGGGUGGGGGUGAUCCUUGGGAUUUCUCGUUGGAGGACAGUAGCCAUAGUAGCAUCAGUAGUAUUAGUGGCAACUUUUGUUUACUGCAGGAAAACACACUGAGAUCUACAGACCUCACAACCAGGACCGCAGUGCCAUCACUUGGGAAAACGCCACUGCAUAAUAGAGCCAGUUUCUAGAAACAUUUACGACCACUCCUAAGCCUCCAUCUUCUAAUGCAGUACUAUAAAUAAUCACAAUUUUAUCUAUUUAGGUAAUUCACCAUCUAAACAAACCUUAUGUGUGCUCCAUUUCAAACAACCACAAAAAAAUAACAAUUUAAGUGAACUUAUUAACACGUUCAUAAAUCCAGGCAAGAAAUGCAAAUCAAGCUAAAUAACCACACUCGAAAAAUAACGCACACACUCGUUUUGGAGUUGGUUUGCCGUCAGAUUUAAUUCCAUCUUGCUGCCGUAAAUAAAAGACACAUCCUAUGAA